AUGGCUGAUGGUCUGGACGCCUUUGAAAGGCUGACACUAGCCUUCGACAAUCAGGACCGCGAUAUCGAUGACAUCCUAGAUGAGGCAAAACCACGCAAACGAGCCCGGAUAUCGCCAGAAACCAUCAAAGCCAACCUUGAACGGGAAUUCUUGACGCCAGCAAUCACAUACAGCCCAGGAUGGCUUGACCGGUUACAGCAAAGAUGGGAGACGCCCGUCAACUACAGCGAGCUCUUCAAGCUUGCGCCAACGCAGACAAGGACGGUCAUCCGCUUCACCCGAGAAGGUCUGGAAGGUAGGGUGGUGGGCUACCGCGAAGUCACUGUGCCUGCGAACAGUGCUACUGCGAAGAACUCUACUUCGAUCCUGCGGAAGCCGGCCAAUCGAGCGGAUUUUGUGCGUGGCGCUGCUGGCUUCUACCCAUUCGCGCCUGGAGGGUUGGAUGCUGUUCAGGCUACGGCAGCCUAUGAGGAUGAGCUGCUUCAGCAGAAUGGUGCCGAUCAGGCUGGGAAGGCCAACAAGCUGAACCGGGUGAUCGACUUUGCUGCAGAAGGAGGUCUACUUGAGGUCCCACCUGGGUUCAGCAGGGGACUGAGAGUGCCGGAGAAAGCUAGCCAGGAUGCUGAAGCGGCUGAGGAAGUGGAGAACGUCCUUGAAGAGCAGACUGCUCAGUCUGAAGCCGCCACCAACGGUGUCCCCUUGGAUGAUGCAGGUGAAAGCACGCCUGAAGAGGACGAGUUUGCUGGUGAAGAAGAAGUCGACUCCCUAUUACCGAUCGAGUUCCCUGCGUUGGCACCUCAUGGACCCCUAGCUGUCGCACGUAACAAGCACGGCGGACGAGAGUGGGCGCACAUGGUCGAUGUCAAUCGGGACAUUACCAACUUCCACGAGCUGGUGCCAGAAAUGGCACGCACCUGGCCUUUCGAGCUUGAUACGUUCCAGAAAGAAGCAGUGUAUCAUCUUGAAAACGGCGACUCUGUCUUUGUGGCUGCUCACACUUCUGCCGGCAAGACCGUCGUUGCGGAGUAUGCCAUCUCGCUCGCUGCGAAGCAUAUGACCAAAGCUAUCUACACCUCGCCCAUCAAAGCGCUCAGUAAUCAGAAGUUCAGAGACUUUCGGCAGACCUUCGACGACGUUGGCAUUCUCACUGGCGAUGUUCAGAUACGACCUGAAGCGAGCUGCCUCAUCAUGACUACGGAGAUUCUACGAAGCAUGCUGUACCGUGGAGCUGAUUUGAUCCGAGACGUUGAGUUCGUCAUCUUCGACGAAGUACACUACGUAAACGACCUCGAGCGUGGUGUGGUGUGGGAGGAGGUCAUCAUCAUGCUGCCGGAGCACGUCACCCUCAUCUGCCUGUCUGCGACUGUACCGAACACGUACGAGUUCGCAUCCUGGGUCGGCCGCACGAAGAAGAAGGAUAUAUAUGUCAUCUCGACGCCAAAGCGUCCUGUUCCGCUGGAGCACUACAUAUGGGCAGACAAGAAGAUGUUCAAGAUUGUGGACUCGAACAAGCAUUUCAUUGAGAAAGGGUGGAAGGAUGCUAAUGACGCUAUGUCAGGUCGCGACAAGGUCAUUGCUGCUGAGCAGAAGGCAAAGGAGAAGGAGGAUGCUGCAGUUGCUGCCGGUCGUGGUGGUCGGGGUGGGCGGGGCCAGAAUGGCAGAGGUGGGCAGCAGCGUGGUGGGAGUAAUCAGCGAGGAGGUCCUCAGCAGAGAGGAAGAGGUGGGCCACCGAAUCGCGGGCAAGGCAACAUUGCUCGUACGGGCAGAGGCGGCGGCAGAACGACGGCCGCCCAAGACCGCAACAUCUGGGUUCACUUGGUGCAGCACCUGCGGAAAGAGGAGCUACUACCGUGCUGCAUCUUCGUCUUCUCCAAGAAGCGUUGCGAGGAGAACGCUGAUGCUCUAUCGAACCUGGACUUCUGCACAGCCACUGAGAAGAGCGCCAUCCACAUGAUCUUGGAGAAGUCGCUCGCUCGUCUCAAGCCGGACGACAAGACUUUGCCUCAAAUUCGACGGAUCCGUGAGCUGCUCAGUCGAGGUAUCGCGGUUCAUCACGGUGGCCUGCUGCCGAUCGUCAAAGAAUGUGUAGAAAUUCUGUUCGCAAAGACUCUGGUGAAGGUGCUCUUUGCCACUGAGACGUUCGCCAUGGGUCUGAACUUGCCGACGAGGACGGUCGUCUUCUCCGGCUACCGCAAGUACGACAACAAGGCUUUUCGAGAUCUCCUGCCUGGCGAGUAUACUCAGAUGUCCGGACGUGCUGGGCGAAGAGGUCUUGAUUCCGUUGGUACAGUUCUGCUGGUUACGCCUGGCGCGGAAGAGGCUCCACCUGCUGCUCGACUGCGGCAGAUGAUGCUGGGUGAUCCGACGAAGCUUCGCUCGCAGUUCCGUCUGACGUACAACAUGAUCCUGAACCUGCUUCGAGUGGAGGCACUGAAGAUCGAGGAGAUGAUCAAGCGGUCAUUCUCGGAGAAUGCUACUCAAGCACUGCAGCCCGAGCAUGAGAAGCAGAUCAAGCUGUCUGAAGCUGAUUUGGCGAAAGUCAAGCGAGAGAGCUGCAACACCUGCGACAAGGAUAUUGAGCGGUGUCAUCAAGCGAGCGUCGACUUCCAGCGGCUGACUGAAGAGCUGCACCUUGCGAUGCUCUCUUUCCCAGUCGGACGGCGCAUGUUCCAGGCGAAGCGUUUGAUUGUGUUCCGUGGCAAGAAUGAUGUCCGGACGGCUGGCGUGCUGCUGCGUGACGGCGUCAGCAAGAGUGGCUCGACUGUGCAAGUGCUCGAAGUGCUGUGGAAGAAUCCAAGGAAGCGGACAGACCCCGACUUCCUACCAUACCUCCAGCGCUUCCGGCGGCGGUUCGUCCCACUGCCACAGACCGAGGCCGAAAUGCGGCUACGCCAGCUGAUGAUCCCUCUAUCUGACAUUGAGGCCUUGACAAAGACUCACAUGCAGAUCGACCUUGAGGGUAUCCUCCGAAAGGAUCCUACAGCAGAAGCGCAGGCCAAGAGUCUGCUGCUGGCGACCUGCUCGUCGUGGACGUCUUCUUCGUGGUAUGAGCUGGACUGGCACAAGUAUCUCAAAGAGAUGUCCCUGCGCACCCUUCUCGAUGAGAGGGCCACUGCUGCCAAUAUUGCACAGUCCUGCGAGUGCAUUCACUGCCCCGACUUCCCCAAGCACUUCGCCAUGGAGCACGACCAAUGGCUCAUCAAAGACAAGAUCGACUCCAUCAAGCAACUCAUGUCGGACCAGAACCUCCAACUCCUGCCCGACUACCAACAACGCAUCUCCGUCCUCAAAGACCUGGGCUUCAUCGACGAACACUCCCGCGUCGAGCUCAAAGGCAAAGUCGCCUGCGAGAUCCACUCCGCCGACGAACUCGUCCUCACCGAACUCGUCCUCGAGAACGUCCUCGCCGACUACGAACCGGAAGAAAUCGUCGCCCUCCUCUCCUGCUUCGUCUUCCAGGAGAAAACCGACUCCACGCCCAACAUCACCUCGUCCCUCGAACGCGGCAUCGCCACCAUCGUCAAGAUCUCCGAGAAAGUCAACCAGUACCAGACUCUGCACCAAGUCAUCCUCUCCUCGGACGACUCGAACGACUUCGUCAGCCGUCCGCGCUUCGGGCUGGUGGAAGUGGUGUACGAGUGGGCUCGCGGCAUGCCUUUCAGCCGGAUCACGGACCUGACGGAUGUGCUGGAGGGGUCGAUUGUGCGGGUGAUCAGUAGGUUGGACGAGACGUGUAGGGAGGUGAAGAAUGCGGCGCGGAUUAUUGGGGACCCCGGGUUGUUUGGGAAGAUGCAGGGGCAGGCGGGGGCAGGAGGUGGCGUGGAGGAAGCACAGAAGGACGCGUGA